AUGUUGAACCAGCUCAAGGCGAGCAUUGCCUCUGCAAAGGAGUUCGCUCUAUUCCUCAAGAAGAGAUCAGCCAUCGAAGAAACGCACGCAUCCUCCCUCAAGAAGCUCUCUCGCAUGAGCCACGACACCAUGCACCUACCAGACCACAAGCAAGGCACCUUUGCUCAAGCCUAUACCGAGAUGAUGUACAUUCACGAACGAAUGGCCGAGAACGGCAUGCAAUUUGCUCUUUCUCUGCACCAGAUGCAUGACGAUCUGGUCGAGCUGGCUGCUGUUGCCGAGCGCAGUAGGAAGGGCUGGAAGGUCAACGGUCUGGCUCCAGAGCAGAGGGUAGCAGAACUGGAGACGGUGCUGCGCAAAUCGAAGGCCAAGUACGACUCUUUGGCCGACGAGUAUGACAGGGCUCGUACUGGUGACACCAGUCGUCAGAGUGGCAAGAUGUUCAGCUUGAAGAGCAAGUCUGGACCUCAACACGAAGAAGACCUUCUGCGCAAGGUCCAGGGAGCCGACCAGGACUACCACGGCAAGGUGCAGCAUCUGCAGUCAGAGAAGCAUGAGCUGGUGACAAGGACUCGACCCGAGGCCAUCCGCGCCCUACGUGAUCUUGUGACGGAAACAGACUCAGGAGUCACGCUGCAAAUGCAGAAAUUUGCAUCGUUCAACGAGAAGCUUCUCCUGAGCAACGGUCUCAGCAUCAGCCCUAUCAAGAAUGGACAAGAGUCGAGCGGCGCGCGUAGUCUGCGUGAAGCUGUCAUGGCCAUCGAUAAUGACAGAGACGUCAAUGAUUAUGUGGCUGGGCAGCAGAACAGACUCCCCCCUAGCAGCGGGGAGAUCAAGUAUGAACGCCACCCGGUAUUGAGUCCCCAGCAAGCGCCCAACAGCCAGCAGUCCCAAGGACCGCCCCCAAGCCAGUAUGGGGGGCCACCUGCAGGACAGGGACACCAGCAAGCGCCCGCACCGGGAAGAACGAGCACCUUCCAGCAGGCCGGACCUCCUGGGGCAGGUCCCGGCGGAGUGAGCGGCGCAUCACUUGGCCAAGGCUUUCCUCCUGGUGCUGGUCCACCCCCUCCGAGCAGCGGCCAGCAGCAGUCGGGUUCAGCUCACGGCCGCAGCUUCAGCCAGGGCAACAUGUUGUCUCAAGGAAACGAUGCUCAGCAGCAACAGCAGUCAUUCCAGCAGCCUUCUCGAAACUCGGCUCUGCCUGCAUCCAAGUUCAACAGCCCAACGAACUCGCAAGGACCCCCGCAGCUUGGAGCUCUCUCUUUCCAGAACUCGCCACAGCAACCGCCGCGACAACAGUCUCCCCCCUUACAGCAGCAGGCGCAAAUGUCGUCUUCGCCCCAUCAACAAUCGUCUUCACAGUGGCAGCAACCAGGCCACAACCCCCUGCAGCAACAUCCACCCUCCGGCCCAGCCUCUCAGGGCUCGGGCCAUGGUUUGCCAGGACCUCUGCAGCAGCCCGCUCCUCCGCAGAACCGACAAUCGCCUCCGGCGCAGGCAGGGUCCAUGCCCACUAGGCCCGUGUUUGGUCUCUCACUAGACCGCCUCUACGAGCGCGACGGUUUGGCGGUGCCCAUGGUUGUUUAUCAGUGCAUCCAGGCAGUCGAUCUGUUUGGCCUUGGGGUAGAGGGCAUCUACAGGCAAUCGGGAUCGCUGAAUCACAUCAACAAGCUCAAGAACAUGUUUGACACGGACUCGAGCAACCCAGCAUUGGAUUUCCGCAACCCAGAAAACUUCUACCACGAUGUGAACAGUGUCACAGGCUUGCUGAAGCAGUUUCUCCGCGACCUGUCGGACCCUCUUCUCACUAUGGAGCAGCAUGGGGCGCUCAUUGAGGCAGCUAAACACGCAGACGAUAUUGUCAGGAGGGACUCGCUCCACGCUAUCAUCAACAGCCUGCCCGACCCCAACUACGCCACGUUGCGAGCGUUGGCGCUGCAUCUUCACCGCGUCAUGGACAACUCGCAUGUCAACCGGAUGAACUGCCACAACCUGGCCGUCAUUUUUGGCCCGACGCUGAUGGGCACUGAUCCAAGCACUGCCAUUGCGGACGCGGGUUGGCAGAUCAAGGCGAUCGACACCAUUCUCCAGAACACGUACCAGAUCUUCGACGAGGACUGA